AUGUCGCAAGCAUCCGCAAGCCAUAUUCAUAGCAGACGAAGUUUCCCAUCCAGAUUGAAUUUAAAGACCAACGUGCGCGAAAGGCUGGGCCCAAGACCUGACAUCCACGCUCGCCUAGGCCAGCAUGAAGACGUUUAUGAAAGGCUAGGCUCCCAGGGAGGUCAACUUAACGGCCAUCGAGACGAGGAACGAGAAGAAAGGCGCUCCGCUGCCUGUUCACAGAGAAAUAUUCAUGAAAGGAUAGGCCCCCAGGGAGGUCAACUCGACAAUCAUCACAAUGAGGACCGUGAAGAAAGGCGCUUCGCUACUCGCUCUCGAAGAACUAAUUCUCGUCGGCAAACUACUGGAAAUCCCUCGCAAGCGCAGUCCACCAACACGCCUCCUAGACAGCGCAACCGAAAAGAUUGGCGGAAAUUUCGAAUAUGCACUACGAUUGAGGUAGACCAAGCAAACUCCUCACCUUUCACCGCCAAAAUCGAGCAGGCUGCUCCCCCGAAAAGAUUCUCAACGCCCUCUUUCACAUGUUUCAAAGGCGAUUCCAACCCUGAAAGUCAUCUGAAGCACUUCAAGAGCCUUAUGAUCCUCUACAAAGCCGAAGACGUGCUAAUGUGCAAGGUGUUUGCAAUGACUUUGCGAGGAGCAGCUCAGGAUUGGUUCCAUACCCUGCCAUCUGGGUCGAUCAACAGCUUCAAGGAGCUUACUUACGUCUUCACUAAAGAAUACACUUCUUAUCGGACGAUCAAGAAGAACCCUGACCAUCUGUUCAACCUGCGCAAGAAGCCCGAGGAAUCCCUUCGAGAUUACAUCAAGAGGUUCAAACCAGAAAAGGCCAACAUCGUAGGCCAGACUCUGGCAGAGGUCUUCGUGACCACAGAACGCUACGCACUCUGGGAUGACGAUCGAAUCACCGCGAAGAAGUCCACUGAGCAGGAAGAUCGACCGGCUAAACGGGCAGAACAAAGAGGCGACAGGCUUGGCAGCAGGGACAAAGACAAAGGCAAGUCACGCCCACAAAGAGAGGCCACGACGAAAGAGAACUACACCAAGUUCUCUAUCCCUAUACAUCAAAUUUUAGCCCAAGUAAAGAACAGACCUUGGGUAAAAAGACCGCCACCCUUGAAAGGAGAUCCAGACAAGAGGGAUACUAGAAAAUAUUGUGCCUUCCAUGCGACACAUGGGCACAAUACGAAUAAUUGCUUUGCUUGGAAAGCGCAUCUCGAAGAACUCGUGAGAGAAGGUCAUUGCACGGAGUUCAUCGCGAAGCAGGCCAUCCAGCAGAUAGAAGACCGCGAUACCGCCAAAGAGCCACCCCAGAAGGUCAUAAGGAUUAACACAAUCCUAGCCGACUCCGAGGAGUCUGGACUGACCAACAAAGAAAAGAAGAGGAAGAUCAAACAGGCUACUAUGAUCUCCCAAGUCUCAACUAGCCUCUCACUGGCAGAAGACGAUCCCGUGAUCGGCUUUCAAAAGAAAGACUUAAUCGGCCUUGAUCUACCGCACAACGACGCCCUUGUCAUCAACAUUCAAAUCGCUCAGGCCAUGGUCGACCGAGUCCAUGCAGAUGAAUGCAGUGCAGCCAACAUCCUACAAUUGGCAGUCGUCCAACAUAUGGGCUUAGAGGCAAAGAUCAAUAAAUCAGCUAAGUCGCUGACUGGUUUCAAUGGCGCAACGACGGUUACCGUGGGCACGAUAGAUCUCGACAUCUACUCUCCACCUGUAAUCAGGUCGCAAACGUUCAUGGUCAUUGAUGAAGUCUCACCCUACAAUGGCAUUCUAGGCAGACCAUGGAUCGGCAAGAUCAACGCCAUCACCUCUGCCGUACAUCAGAAGAUUCGCUACCCAAUCCCUGGGGGCGGUAUCGGCCAGAUCAACAGCGAUCAGGCAAUAGCAAGAAAAUGCUCAGCUCAAGGUCUAAAGAAAGGCGAGCAAACACAGUUCCUCCCUGUGAAUCAGGCAGACCUAAAGGGAGUAGAACAAGCAUAG